CUACUUUGUGCUUUCAGGCUUUGAACUAGAUUAAAAACAUAAUACUGUGAUACCUUUUCGCAUGUCGUAUCUGAAUGGAGGAGUUAGACUUACAUAAAUUUGAAGAAGAAAUUAACAGUGGCAGCGAAAGCAUCUAUGAUUCUUUAAGUGAUGAUGAAGAUUCUCUUUAUGAUGACUUUUUUGGGCAGGAAGAGGAAGAUUCAACUUCUAAUACAAUUACCUCUGUGUCUACUACCCCAGUCUCCAUAGGACGAGAAACCAAUUUUGGGUCAGAAUCAUUUGCCCAGCCUGUAUCUAAAUCGUCAUCAGACACUGAUCAAUCUGUUUUGUCUGCAUCAUAUGCAUCUAGUGACCCAAAAUUGAGCCAAUCGAUUUCUCCUCAGUCACUACGCAAUAUUGCCCCCAACCAGCAUUCUUCUGACUCGCCAACAACAUCUUUGAUUAAAACGAGGGGGCGACGUGUAGGAAGGCCACUGAAAAGAUCAUGGUGCCGGGGUCGUCCCCGGAUUUUUAGGAGUCCUGAAUAUCGAUCAGGGCCAAGUUCACCCAGUCCUGUACCAAUGACAAUGUCACCAGCCAUAACCCCAACAUCUUCAGUUUCAAGUCCAUCAACAGUCCUGCCAUCCACCCCAAGACAACUAUUCACAGUUUGGGAUGAAAAUGAAUCAGCAAAUCCUCCACAAGCCAUUCCAUUCUCAGGUCAGCCUCGCCAUCACCUGGAAGAACCAAUUUCUCCAUUAUCUGUUCUGUCACAGUUUUUGAACAAUAAUUUCUGGGAGAACAUUACAUUUCAAACCAAUUUGUAUGCGAAGCAGGAGAAAGAAAGGAUUGGAAAUAAUUCAUCCCAACGCAGUUACAUUAAUGAAUGGAAGCCAGUAACCGCGAAUGAAAUAAAGGUAUUCAUUGGCAUCAUAUUGGCCAUGGGGCUGGUAAAGAAGCCACAUCUCAAGAACUAUUGGUCAAAAAGGCCAAUAUAUGCCUCAAGUUUUUAUUCAGGCCUGAUGCCGAGGGAUCGUUUUUUGUCCAUAUCGACAUUUCUGCAUCUGAAUGACAAUACACAUUGGGUGCCAUACGGCCAAGUUGGCCAUAACCCUCUUCACAAAAUUCAACCAUUUCUCAACCUCUUGAAAGAAAAAUUUGAAACUUUAUACUAUCCUGAAAAGGCCCUCAGUCUAGAUGAAGGAUUGUGUCCUUUUAAAGGACGAGUGAGAUUUCGAUCGUAUAUGAAGAGGAAGCCGAAGAAGUGGGGAAUAAAAAUAUAUGAGCUCUGCGAGUCUCGAUCUGGCUAUUGUGUGAGCUUCAAAAUUGCGACUGGUAAAGUCAGUGACCAAGAAGACAACUCCACACAUGGGGUUGUGAUGAACCUUAUGCAAAAUUAUCUUGGGGUUGGACAUGAGGUCUACACCGACCGCUAUUACACCUCACCCAAACUGUUUGCUGAAUUAUAUAAGGAGAAAACCAUUGGGGUUGGCACAUGCAGGAUUGAUAGACGUGGGCUCCCACGAACCACAAUUCAGCAACGACUAGGUGAAGGGCAGAUUGUGUCUGCCAGGAAAGGCCCUUUGCUAGCAUUAAAAUGGAGAGACAAACGGGAUGUGCUUAUGCUAUCUACCAAGCAUAUUAACGACACUAAAUCUGUUCAAGUUCGUGGGCCAGGUGGAUGCAGAGCAAAGAUCAAGCCAGUUGUUGUUCAAGACUACAAUGACAAUAUGGCAGGUGUUGACAAGUCUGAUCAAAUGUUGUCAUAUUAUAGUUUUGAGAGAAAGACUAAGAGAUGGUGGAAAAAACUGUUUUUCCGCCUUUUUAAUCUAACUAUUGUGAAUUCUCAUAAACUUUACAGUAUGGCAGCUCAGACAAACCAUGAUCUGAAGAGGUUGAAUUUGCUUGAAUAUAUCGAGGAAUUGGUAUACAAGCUCACUUGUGAAGCACGAUCAUGUACUGAAAGCCAAAGCCAUCGAGUGGCAUCACAUAUUAGACUGUCUGGACGACACUUUCCGAAAUUGAAUGUCGCUUCUGGUGGAAGGCAACAUGUGCAAAGAAGUUGUCAUGUAUGUAGCUUGAAAAGUCGCUUGAAGCGAAAAAAGCAGGAAACUGGUUCCAGAGCAAGAAAUUGGACCCAGUACCAUUGUCCUAUUUGCAAUGUAUUCUUGCAUGUCGAUCCAUGCUUCGAAGCAUACCACACAAUGGAUGAUUAUGGCAUAUAAUGAUUGCCCCUCCUAUUUUUACCAUAAAUAUCACAAUCAUAUAUGAGUAGUCUGGUGUGUUCAGUCAAAGCCGUGAUAUGACAAAAGCCACUUGUAAAGACUGCUGAACUAAAACAAACAAUAGCUUGAAUGAAGCCAUACAUAGAUUUUCUAGGGUUAUUUUCUACAGAGAUAUAUAUAACAGAAUACCCACCUACAAUAUUUUGUUUUCCUAUGAAAUUUCUGGGUCAAAAUUCUGUAUGACCUGCUGGGAACAGAGUAUGUUAAUUUUGGCCACUGACAUGAAAAGGGUUUAUGGCUGCUAGUUUUUUGUGGGAUGAUGAGUUUCAUGUCAUUUAUUCAAUGUGACUCCUAUUCAUCCAUUUCACUAUUGUUUGUGAAAUCUGUUAUGAUUUGAUACCCCACUUGUGACUAUGUACAUCCUCAAACUGUGACUCUACUUUGAUUUUUUUUAAAACUGGGACGGACCGGGCCAGGUUCGUGAGUUUGCAUUUGCAAAUAAUUCAUUCAGAGAAGUUAUUGAGAUUCAUAAUGCACUCAGUAUAAUGUUUUGCUUCCUAACAGUUUUAAUAUUUUAUUUUCAUAUGAUAUACGUGUUGCAAUAUGUGUGUUUGCAUGGUCUCGCAUAUUAAUGAUAUCAGAAUUUUUUGUACUUCAGUAUUUUUUGCAUCACUUUGAGCUUUCCCUGUUUUUAAAUACCGUGUGUAAUAAAGUGAGAUGUGGAAUUUUGCCUUUGCAAAGGAAUACAGCGUGAAAGUAUCUUAAUGUCUUAUCCAAUUGUAUCAUUCUCUGCUAUUUUUUUUUUAUACAAAUUCGCUGAGACGAUUAGGAUGUUUCAGAGAACUAAUUUAUUUGUUUGAAAAUUUUAAGUUCUUUGGAUUUUCUGGAGCGUGCAAAAUUCUAAUUAUACAGGCAUUUAUUUAGUAAACGCUAGUACACUUCACUUUAGCACAGCCUUACUUGAAAAGUGUAGACUUUAGGACAUGGUCGUCCAACCUUUUUGGUAGAAGGGCCACAUGUGCGGAUUUUUUUCUAGUUUUGCUACACUGACUAUAGGUUAAUGAAAAAACAAACAAUACCCGCACACCAAACUUCCACAAUUAUUAUACCAAUAAAACUGUUGUUUCCCAACCAUUGAUGGGGCGCCAUCAGUAGUUAUUUCCGAAAGUUUCACCAAAGCCAAGACGCUUGAUCUUUUUCAUCACAGCCCCCAACAGACCAAUGUCUCUAGUCGUACCUUUAAUAUGGACAAUGGCCCCGCAAGAAGAUCGCCAACUGAGCAGUAACCUUGAUGCCAGUGCUUUCAUCAUGCACCAAGGAAUACAAUGACAAUUUUCCCGUCUUUGCAAUUAUGGUUUCCACUAUAGAGUUCUCAAGCUCUUCGACAUGAUGAGUUAUUGUCUGUCAUGGGAUUUAU